CUCGCCAAAGGGAUCAGGUUUCAUUAAAUCAGUUGAUGUUUCCACAAGUUGUGAAAGAUGCUAACAUGUUGUUUGAUCACCUGGAUCGUAUGGUGGAAGAAGUUGGGGAAGCUAAUGUUGUCCAAGUGGUAACUGACAACGCAUCCAACUACGUGAAAGCUAGUGACGAACUGCUAAUGGCGAAACGACCUCCUUUGUAUUGGACGCCUUGUGCUGCUCAUUGCAUAUACCUCAUCCUUGAGGAUAUAGGAAAGAUUCCUCAAGUAAAGACUGUAAUAAAGAACUGCAUUUUCAUGAAUGGAUAUAUCUAUGGUCACAGUUCUCUUGUGAAUAUGAUGAGGAAAUUCACAAACCAAGGAAAUCUGCAUAGACCGGCUGUAACUCGGUUAGCUACGUCUUUCAUAACACUAGCGCAGUAUUAUAGGCAGAGAAAUAACUUGAGGAGUUUUGUGAAUUCUCAAGAUUGGUUAGAUUCCAAGUGGCGAAAGGAAGCAGGAGCAAGGAAUGUGAAGAGGAUCAUUUUGCAAGACAGCUUCUGCCAUAACGUGCUAUAUACACUACAGUUGACGGGUCCUCUAGUUAAGGGUAGAGAAGAAAUAUACAAGGAAGCAUUUGAAAUCAUCGAUAGGCGCUGGAAUUGUCAACUCCAUCAUCCUUUGCAUGCUGUUGGCUACUGCUUGAAUCCGGAAUUUCAGUAUAAAGCAAGGGCUGGAGUGGAUUGUGAAGAGGUAUCGAUAGGUCUAUACAGCACCAUUGAGAGGCAAAGGACUACGAAAUCACCAGCUGAGUGGUGGUCUUCGUAUGGAGGCACAACACCAACACUUCGAGACUUUGCAAUAAAAAUUCUUAGUCUCACAUGUAGUGUGACUGGUUGUGAGAGAAAUUGGAGUGUGUUUUCACAUCUCCAUACCAAGAAAAGGAACCGAUUGGCUCAAGAGCGGCUUAAUGACAUGGUGUUUGUUAAGUACAAUCGCACUUUAACACGUCGAAUGGAUGAGGAGUCUGAUGAGUUUAGAGAACUGGUUUUUGAUGACAGUGAUUUGACAUGGGAAAUGGUAAGCAGAGUAUCUAGAGCUAAUGAGUCUAACUACCUUACUAGAGCUAAAAGAGGAUCAACACAAUCUUCAAGUAGAACUGCGAAAGGGAAGAAUACGGCCACAUGCUCCACUCCAACUCCAAGAGCAUCUCAGAGGAUGGCUCCAACUCCAAUGGCUUUGAUUGACGAGGAUGAUGAAAUUGAAGAGGAUUUCGUAGGAGGAGAUGAGGAUAAUGAAAUUGAAGAAGAUUUCGUAGGAGACGAUGAUGAUGAGACAGAUUUUUAGAGAUCCCGACUCUCAUGGUUUUAGCUUUAGUUGGAUUGGAUUCCGUUUGUUUUCAUUUUU